AUGCGUCUCGGAUCCUUCUCCAUCAUCGUUUUCACCGGUGCGGUUUAUGCCUACCCUUCACAAGACCAAGCACGCAUCGGUAGCCGCUUGGAAUGGAUUCAAACCAGAGGUUCUCCUCUAGAGGGCCGUCAAGCCGACAUCCCUGCCCCUCCUGAGCCUGAGCCGAUCACUGUCACCGAGCUGCCUCUCCCCCCUGUGACGCCAGACACGGGUGUGGGUGGAUGCACUGAGGCGAUCAACCCUCAUCGGACGGGCUGCAUAGGAGCCUCUAACGGCCUUCAGCAGUCGGGAGACUUCCUGCCUGAUGAUCUGCACGUCGUGGCAGCGGUGAACUUCACCGGCGCCCCGGCUGCUCCAGAUGCAGCCAGCAUUUACACGGGACCUCAGUUGAUCAUUGUCAAAGUCGAUGGCACCACUUUUCCCAACGGCGAUGCGUGGAAAUGCAUCACAUGCGGAGUCCCCGCGGAGAAUGCGGUUGGCCGCAGCGAGGCACUCGAUUAUCCUCAGAUUUUCCACGAUGGCAAGCGUCUGCUAGCCGGUCCGAACAUCAUCGAGUGCGCCGCAGAGCUCACGAGUGAGGACUGCACGCCCGACAAAGUCCACAUCUACCCAAUCCGCUGGAACACGGCGGCAGACGGGUCGGGGGCUGGAGGGAGUAUCCGAGAGCUUCGCAUCCACCCUGACGAUGAACACUUGGGCUGGAGCUCAUUCAACGUGAGAUCCGGCAAGAUCGACCAAUACGGAUACGUUGGCAAACUGGAGUUCAACCCGUCGCCAUCUACCAGCGAGCCCCUGGCGCCCAGGUACGACUUGACCAACGUCUUUGCUCUUUUCAGUGCCGACGAGCCGCAGCCCAUUGAGGUCGACCCAGAAGACAGCACUCAACUCCGGAUCAACCCUGAUGCUGUGGUAGUCGGAGAGCUGCGCGGCUUCGGUGGUACCGGCAGAGAAGUUACUUUCAUUGGAUACCCCAUCGAGUCAUCCAACAUCGAUGUCCUCGCCGCCGACCUCACUACCGGCAAGGUCCGUCGGCUUACAGCGCAUCCCGAGUACACGGAUCCCGUGGACGUAUCUCCCGAUGACAAGUGGACUGUCGCUAUGGAUACGCGAGGCACCGGUCGGCAGAUGUUCAUGGCUGGCCUGCGAGGCGUUCCGCCGUUGACAGACUUGGUCAGCAGCAGCGCCACGUCUUCCACGAGAAACAACGGCCCGCGCCGGUUCUUCCAGCCGUGGCUCAUUGACGGCUACGGAGACCGGGGCUCGUAUUUCGGCCAGAAGAUCAACGCCGAGGGAGACGGUAUCCCUGGCGGCGGAGCCAUCAACGAUCCUGAGUGGAACGGCAUGGCCGACCCGAAAUGGUCGAAUGACGGGACUCGCAUCGUUUACUGGCAAGCUCAGACAGUCUCGCCAGCGUGCGGCGGAGAGAACCCGCUGCCCUGCUACAACUCCACGGAGCCGGGGGGCCGCAGACAAAGGAUGAUGAUGGCGCAUCUGACGAGCAGGCAACCACUGAGUCCUCUCGCCAUCCAGCCGGUGCCCGAGAUCAUCCCUUGGGCGACGCCGCACAAGCCUGGCGACGCAGCUCCGGCGCGACCACUGCCGACGAACGGUACCUUCACACUCAAGGGCAAAGUUGGGGGUUGGGCGAACGUCACUAUCACUCCCAACAGCGAGGGUACUCUCCCGCAGACUGUCGCUGUCGAGUACCAUGACUUCUCGGACGAUGGCGUCAAUGUGUUGGUCGGGACUGAGAAGGUCACGGCGGUGAACCCGACGCCAACUGUUGAGGACGUCGACUGGUUCUCGGAUCUGGUGCAGACUGGCCCAAACAAUGGCACCAAGAAGACAAGCCCGGACGGCUUUCAUCUUUCCAUCGAUAUCAUGACGAAUAUCUUCGAGGCGAACGGCACGCUGACGACGACGGUCAACGGCAAGGAGUGGUUUCAGCCAGCGAACGGUACCUGA